CCACUACACGGGAUUGUUUUUGCGGGUGGGGUUCCGCUCUACCGGUACGUACCGGUACACAACAUUUUCUGCGUCAACAUCGAAAAUCGAAACAGCUGAAGAUACAAUGAUCCAUACUUUCCGUCGGCAGUAACUGCUAGUAAAUACCUCUCCUUCAGCACUCAGGACGGGGAACAACCUCGAAAUCUAUUCUGCCUUCGACUUCUUCUGAGACAACAGUCAGAGGAAAUACCACUGRCCACUGCUUUUGAGCUCAAUUGAUCCUGCCUACCAUAUUAUUUUUAUUCGAAUUGACAGAUUUAUCAAAAGCCAACAGACCAAACCGCCAUGGAGGGGGCGACAAGAACAGAAUUCCUAGGGCAUCGUCCCCGGCAGUUGCUUCGCUGUAGGCGUCGAUCUAUUGCCGUCCGAACACUCUCGAUAGGGUGUUUAUUUCAUUUCUUAUCUUUCCUGUUAGGGACAUUAUCGGACGGGAUCAUAAUGUGUUCGGCGUUCCCUCUCAAGAAAUCUGGUAUUGAGGAAACUACAGUGAAAACAAAAACGGCAACUGGUAGCACCAGCCCGAUGAUAUCCACCUCGCCACCCCCUUCGUGUGUCGGUCGUCUUUCAAUACUAAACAACAAAAUACUCAAAAACACAGCGGAUAAAGAUGCCACAACUACGAUAAAUUAUUACGUGAUCGGAACCUCGCAUUUCCGUUGCGAUUCCUACAAAGAAGUGUCUGACUUGAUCUGUCGCGUAAACCCCGACGGUGUUGUGAUCGAACUCGACCCCGAGCGACUACUAAGAUUGACCCUUGAUGAUGCAUCUGUAAGGGUGGCAGCGGCAGAAACAACCGGAGCAGGCGCGAUGGAAAUGAUCGGCAAACGAUGGUUUGGUGGAGAUUUUUUGUCUGCCAUUGAAACAUCCAAGGAAUUGGACAUUCCAAUAUUUUUAGGAGACGAGUAUCCACUCGAAACAAAGCAGAGAUUCAUCGACACAGUUCUCGACGCCAAUUCGUACAAUCCAACUAACAUCCUGAAAGCAUUGCAAUCUUUGUUUCGCACUCGUCUCGACCGCACCACGAACAGCAAUUCGAAAGUUCUUUCCAUCAAUGUUGACGUUGUCGGUACCUUUCUCGAUGAUCCCCGGAAGCUGUUACCACUCGUCGCUACAUUAAGCGUACCAUGUUUGAUUUUGAUCUUUGCAAUCGCUCUCGACACCACCUCAGUUUUCCCAACCAAUGUAUCUCCACACGAUGGUGCAAUGUUGGAUUCUUUCUUCCAAAUGCUCGCAACGUUGCUCUCUUUAGUGUUAUCCUUUUUCGCUUCAUGCAAGGUCUUCAACAACCUCAUUGCUGAUCGGGAUGCAGUCAUUGCGUCAAACAUACAAAAUGCAGUGACGACAUUGUUUAUGUUGAAAUCGAAGCAGCUCAUUAGGAAACGAUGGACUUUUCCGGCAACCGAAAUGGAAGAUGAAUGUGCACAUAAAGAAGCACCAGGCAAUCCAAACAAGUUGGCGUCGAGUGGAAUUCCAUUGUUUACCCUCAAGAAUGCCCUAGAACAAGAUGCUGUACGGAAUCUCAAUUUAUUCGAACCACGUUGGCUGAAAAUGAUUGAUCGGUUGUUGCUUUCGAACCAGAAACAAAAAUUAACAACGAAUAGAGYGGCAGUAGAUCCCGCAACAAAAGAUGCUUCGGCAUCUGGUGAGCAAAGAAUAAUUGGAUGUGUGACGUGUCGCAAUAAAUUCUAUAGCGCUAUCAAUGUCGCCGAAGCCUCCCGUGGUUUUGUAGAGGGUCGUUAUGCCGACGUAAUAUUUCGGCGUAGGGGACGAUUUGGGCAUUUGAUAAAUGUUACGGAAGGGUCACGCCCGUCAGGUGCAAGGAAAGUAAGGGCUGAAAUUCUCGGAAAAGAAACUUUCGAUUUAUCAUCACCCACGGACGAUGGCAACGCUGACGAGAUCUCGGUGACACCCGAGGGAUAUUUGACAGCCUCAAAUCUGGUACCAAUCGACGAAAACGAGUCGACUACAUCUACCAUGGUAAAGGAUGUUCCUAAUGAACUCAAUAUCAUAGUUGUAGUCGGACUACUCCACGCAAAUGGUGUUCUUGAAAAUCUUUCCAAGAACGCAUCAAAGUGCCAAAGUAAGAUAGAAAGGUGAUCCUUCAUCGAAAGAACCCACUAGGAAGAGGAUAGGUAGCUUUGUAAGUAAUUAUUUGACAAGUCAACACUACUUGAAACUUUAGAGUCAGGUUCGAUUGAAAAAUUUGUAGAACAAUCAUUCUUGAUACCGGUACGUUCUUUUGGGUAAUAAAACAGGUGACAGAGA